AUGGACAUUAAAGCUCCGGAUGUGUAUAAGCAAUACCAAAAUUUUCCUCCGCUCUACACUGAACAGAUAAAUGAUGUCGUGCUAUCUAAGCAACUAGAAAUCUGGGAAACGCUCAUACGCAAGGAGUCCAGUGAGCACCGAUUGUAUGUAAUAAAUGUAGACGACGUUGGAGUAUAUCCUUUUUACAACGCAAAAAUUAAUCGCAAGUUGAAGCGAGAUUUCCUGACACUGAUUGCGCAGCAUAUGGUCGAAAAAGGAUGUGGAUUCUAUCUUCACACCAUUAAAAGGUUUUGCAAAGAGAAUGAAUGUAGUGUUUGGUACGUCCUCUUCAUCGGCAGGAAUUCCAAAAUAAACAAAUUGCGUGCUCUGCAUGACCAGGAGUAUCAGACCAUCACCUCAAAAGCAUCUAAAAGAGACUCCAACAUAGCCACCCUCAAACUGAAGCGUGACAUUUUGGAGUCAAAGCAAGUUGUUGUCGGUGUAUUUAGCAAGACUAUGCAAGAAACGGCUGAUGAAGUUUUACGAUAUUUGAGAUCACAUCUUCAUGCUAGCCAAGUGGAAACGCCGUAUUUUUUAUUUUACGGAGGACGAGAAUCUACAAAACCGUUCAGUUUGUGGCCAGAAGAACAUAUUGCUAUCAUCAUAUCAACAUUGGUGACACAAAAACAAAUCGCCUUGGUUUUAAACGAAACCGCAUCUGCGAGGAGCCUGAGUAGUAAACAACUAGGGAUACAACUUAUUGGACAUUAA